AUGAAUCUCAGCAUCAUUGCCACCAUCUUUGUGAUCUUUGUAUCAGUCAAUCAAUCUUUUGGUGCCAUGAUCAAGAAUUCCAAGAGCGAAAAAGGAAUCAUAUCAGCUGAUGAAGCAUUGGUUAAUGUUGACGUAGAUAUGAGUUGUUCUGAGAUGGAGUGUCAGACUUGGUGUCAAUCAAACAACCCUAUACCCAAAACUUGCAACUGUGGCUCUCAGAUUGUUAAGAGAUGA